AUGCACCCAGACGCCCAAUUGAAGGCGGCGGUCAAGAACGGCUUUGAUCCUAACAUCCUGUGCCAGAGGAGACUCACGGUUGUUAAGGAGCCUGUCCGGACGAUUCUCGAGAAACAAGGCACGAUACCAGCCGACAAGAUUGUCGAUCAUGUGAAUGAGCUCAGAGAUCGGGCCUUUGCGGUGUUCCCCUACGCCUGCAUCGGACAGUUUUCAUUCGUCGAGCUUAGUAUCGCCGAGUCGCCGUACUAUCGCGAAAUGCUUGAGCGCGUGAAGAAAGGCGACCUUCUCCUUGAUCUGGGAUGCGCAUUCGGGCAGGAGCUCCGCCAGCUGAUGUUCGACGGUGCUCCUCCGACAAAUCUCUAUGGCUCGGAUUUGCAACAAGAGUUCUUGAAUCUCGGAUAUGAGCUCUUCCUCGACCAGCCCAUUUUUCCCGAAUCCCAACUCAUCGCUGCGGACAUUCUGGACAAAAAGUCUGCGCUCUUCGUGCGCCUGCAGGGAAAGCUUAACAUUGUCUAUAUAUCGCUCUUCCUGCAUGUCUUCGACUGGGACAAACAGGUAACUGUCCUGGAGAACGUCCUCGACCUCCUCGCCGCGACGCCGGGGUCCCUGAUUGUGUGUCGCGUCAUCGCAUGCCGCAACCAGGCCGUCUUGAACAAGACACACGAACGCAUGCCGUACUACUAUCAUGAUCUCGCGAGCUGGAACAAGCUUUGGGAGGAGAUACGCACCAGGACCAGCCUGCGACUUGCUGUGGACGUUUGGGAGCAGCCGGACGACCUUGUCAAGAAACAUCCACUUCCAGGAAUCUAUGUUCUUGGGUCAGCAAUUCGGCGGCACUAG